AUCAUUCUGUGCGUCAUGUUUGUUUUGUUUUUACAAAAAAGCGCGCCAUCUUUUCAUUGUGAAAUAACGCGAGUCCCAGUCUCCUUUUUACGCAAAGUGCGGGCAUGUGCCAAUCAACGCCUCACUCUGGUUUAUUUGUGUUGUAGCGGAGAAGCAUUUGUUGGUCGUUCGUUACAGUGUUGCAAAAAAGAACUUGCAAAAAUGGGUGACUCGAGCAAUGAAAAAAAGAGUGUUGGAGAAAAAUGCAGUGAUGGUUGUUCAAAUUUUUAUGAUUUUUUGUAUCACAAAGAUCCAAAUACAGAAGUUGUAACGGUAAUGGGACGAACUGGCACAAGCUGGGCAAAAAUUGGUCUGUUUUAUCUUGUAUUCUAUGGGUUUCUUGCUGGAUUUUUCGCAGCUAUGCUAGCUGUUUUUCUCUCAACCAUCAAUAGUCCAGAUGGUGAAGGUGGUCCAAAACUUACUCAGUUUAUAAAGAAUCAACCUGGUUUGUCACGAUUAGAUAAAAACUUCAUUCUCAACCUUAACAGUAAAGAGUCUAAAGCUGAAUAUGUAAAACAGAUUAAUGAAUUCCUAGGAAGUUAUAAAAAAGGUGAGAAUUCUGGAAAGAUAUGUAAUACAAGUGAUCAUGCUGGUAUUCCUGAAGGUCAGAAGCGUUGCAUAUUUGACACAACUCUAUUGGACAAGUGUGCAAACCACAAUGGUACUGACUAUGGGAUUUCUGAGGAUGAGCCAUGCAUCUUCAUUAAAAUGAACAAAGUAUAUGGUUGGGUUCCUGAAAGCAACGAUGGUGGUGACUUUCUCACACUGGCCUGUAGUGGUAAUGUAAUGGUUCAACCUAGUGGGUUUUUGUUAAGUGCUUUUCCAUUCCGUGGAGAGAAAAAUUAUCCGUCUCCAGUAGUCUCUGUCAAGAUACCUAAAGGAAAGACAACUACUUGUCGUCUUCAAGGCAAAGACAUAGAAGUAUCAUCUACUGAAGUGGAAGCUAGGGCCUUUGGUAGAAUAACGUUGAAAAAUGUUGGCCAAUAAUGACUAGUGAAAGCACAACAUAGCACUUUUUACAAACUUUAACCUUUUCUCUCUCCCAUUUACCGUCAUCCGAAGUAGAAGCAACUCAAGUGGUGCUCUUUUGUAUUUAUUAUUAUUAUUAUUACUACACCUUCCCUCCAUCCCGGUCAUACAUGUUGCUACUACAAGUAGUCCUUGCAAAACAUCUCAUGUCUAUCGAUGAUUAUUCGUAUGUUCCAUGAUACCUGGAUGGAAAGAAAAAAUUAGGAAUUAUAUAUUUUUUAUAUAUUCACAAAUAUGGUUUUACACAUAAAUGAAUCGGUAUCGAUUUUAACGAGUCUCUACUGGAUUAAGGAAGCAAAGUGAGGCGAAAAGUACAACCAUUUUUGUAAAUAUGUGUGCAUAUAAUAUGUGACUAUAUAACUAAUAUGUUUAGCUUGUGUAGGUUUCCUAGCUUCCUAUGUUUUAGUGUUAGUAUAAAAAUAGGUGCAAAGACAAAUAACCAGUUCGUAGAACUGUUGUAUAUAAAAAAAAUAUAUAGUAUAGUUGGCUGAUUUUUCAUGCGACACCACCCUUAAGAAAAACAGAGUUUCAUCGUUUUUGUUUUUUCGUGCACUUUAUUGCGUAGAAAGUAUCUGUUUUUAGUUGGUGUCCACUUGUGAAGCUACAUGUUUUGUGCUAUGCACAUGUGUUGUAUAAUCCAUUCUUUUAACGUUGUAGAUACGCUCAUUGCUUAUUUUAUAAGAAAAUAACUUGUGUACAGUUAAAAAAAAAAAAGAGUUUUUACACUCCUACUGUCUCAAUGAUGUCAAAUGGUCACUUUACUUUGAAGCAAGCAGCAUGUGUUGGCAUUUAUUACUUUAGAAUAUGUUUUAUCGGCUUGGAUAUAUAUAAAUAGGAGAGAUUGUUAACUUGUAUGUUUUGAAAUUCUUAGUUUAAAUAAGCAAAACUGGCUGCUGUUUUAA